AUGCAGACUUCUGGAGCACAAGAGGGGAGGAAAAGGGAUAGCGGAGAGGGGGAGGAGAGGAGGACGAAAGAGGGAGAUGGGAGGAGGAAUAGAGGGAAGGCGAGCAAUGAGAGAGAAGGAGCAAUGAGAGAGAAGGGGAGGAGAGGAAGAGGAGGCGAAGCCUCGCCAGAGCUGUCCAAGACACAGGCGCGCAACCAACGUCGCCGCGAGACAGCAAAGCGCACCAAGACCGCUCAGCUUGAUGGGCACGUCUCCACUGCCACUGACCAGGCUGAUGACAACUCUGCUAAGAAAUCUGUAGGCGUCAUCAGAGAAGAUGAUAGCCAAUGGUUCGUCAGUCCCAUGAGUCCUCUCAAAGACGCAAGAGCGCAACAAGCGCCGCCGCAUGACGGCAAAGCUCGCCAACACCGCUCAACACGAGACCCUCGCUUCCGGUACAGUCGACCAGACCGAUGA